GGUGCUUUUUCCGGACUGCGGACACAACUGAGAAGAUGAAGGCUUCCCUCCUUGCCGUGCUGGCUUUGAUCCUAUGCGCAGAUCAAGCAAACGCCCUGUACUGCUACACCUGCGACCGGGAACAAAGCAACUGGAGGUGUUUGAAGGCCGAGAAGUGCUCGGACAAGGAUGAGUAUUGUGUGACCAAUGUUGCCUCUGUAGGAAUUGGCUCUUUGUCUUUCUGGAAGAGGAUCACCAAGAAGUGCUCUGAGACCUGCCCACGUCACAACUUCCUGCUGGGCCUGGCUUCCUACACCUCGUAUUGCUGCCAAACCUUCUUGUGCAACCUCAGCGCGUGCCCGGGACCCAGGCUAGCUCGGGAUUGAGAUGGCAGGGGGGGUCCUGUGCCUGUGUCCUUCUUCACCUGCUCGGCGGUGGUGGGAGAAAGGGGCUCCUGAAGAGCACGGCCAGAUUCUCCAAGGAGGGUAUGGACACCAAGCAUGCUGCAGAGUAGAUAAAGUAUUAUGGUCAUGACCUUCUGCCCUGUGUUGCCUCCUGACCUAUCGCUUCUCAUGCUUUAGCUCUGUCGCCCUGGUAGGUUGGUGGGGAUGCGGCUGUGCUAAACCCUCUG